CAUCCUCCUACACCUCGUGUUCCCACUCAUAACAUGGCAUCCCUCCCCCUGUGCCCUUGCCUGAGUCCUCCUUUCUCGCGUUCGCGACUGUGUUACACUUGAAUCCCUCAGUACAAGAACUGUCACAUACACCCCGUUUCGCUCUUCUUCCUACAUAUCCAUAUACGCUCCCUGUGAACACGACCGGUCGAAGUUCUCGAAGAGGAUACGCCGCUCGGACUCCGCGCUAUUCCUCGACAUCACCAAUCCUACAGCUUUGCAGCAUUAUCAUCCACGGACAUUUUACCUCCGAUCGACACCCUUGUGUUCCAACCACGACCCUUCUUCAAUACCACCAUCGUCAUACUAUCCUCCUGUGAUAUUUCAACGUCGAAAGACUGGAAAGCGGAGUCGAACCUAGAACAACAACUACAACAACAAGCUCUUCGUCGAAAGACAGAACACCAAAAAAAUACCAACUGCAAAACAAUGGCCUUCCACCCACUCCACCCACGCUCCUCCCUCCGCAAACUCCGAACCUCAUUCUCCUCCUCCCCCCAACCAUCCUCCACAACCUCAACAUCCCCACUGUCAUCCUCACCCUCCUCCCGCUUCUCUUUCGGCAACACAUCAAAUUUCUCCCUCCACAACAACAACAACAACAACAAUCGACAAGCGAUCCGAAGAAAGAAAAGCGUCAUGCAAUUAGAACAAGGAGAUGAAAGGAAUCUGGUCGGAGCAGAUGUCAUUUCGGAAAUCGUCGAACCGAGGCCUACUUCGCCUGUGGUUUAUGGGGGUAUAGAAGAGAUUUUGAUGGGGAGUUUAUGAUUUUGAUUUCCAAGUUGGUUCAAUUCUGGAAUGUUUCUUUUUUCUUUUUGGAUAUUUAGCGUUGUUUUGGGAUGGCGUGGGAUUUUGUUUUGAUUAUGGUGAUUGGGAGCAGGCCGGGAGUAUAUCAUAUCGAUGGAGCAAAGGGGAGGCGGAGUAUGUGUGUUGGGUGUCACUGUCUAGCUUUGGGUAUAUCUUAUGACCUGAUGAAGCUUCUUCGUGCUUGGAAUACUUAUUGCCAGGUGGAUGGCUUUCUUUGUAUGUAUGUUGUUGAUAUGCAUUUCAACGAACAACGUUGUUUCCGGCUGCUGC